CCUACCUAUAAAAGAGGGUGAUAUCAAGCUGUAUCUAAGAUCAAGUCGAAAAUGGUGGAGACAAACUCACCUGCAGCCCCUCUAAAGGUUGAAUAUGAUAGAGCAAGUGAAGUUAAAGCUUUCGAUGAGAGCAAAGUGGGAGUGAAAGGUCUUGUUGAUGCUGGGAUCACUCAGAUUCCUCCCUUUUUCUACAAAUCAAUAUGUGAUGACAACCCUGUUGUAAAUGAUGCCCAAUUUAGUAUUCCAAUUAUAGACCUUGGUGGUCUCAAUGGAGAUCCAUUUGGGAGAAAGGAGAUUGUUGAUAGAGUGAGAGCAGCCUCUGAGAAUGGAGGGUUCUUCCAAAUUGUCAACCAUAGCAUACCAAAAAGUGUUAUGGAAGAAAUGAAAGAAGGAGUUCGUCAAUUUUACGAGCAAGAUACUGAGGUGAAGAAAGCUCUUUAUACAAGAGACUUUACUAAGCCAUUGGUCUAUAACACCAACAAUAAUCUCUAUUCCUCCCCAUCUGCAGAUUGGAGGGUUACCUUUUUAGUUCGAAUGGCUCCUGACCCUCCUAAUCUAGAGGAUUUGCCUCUUGUAUGUAGAGACAUACUCGUUGAGUACUCGAAGCAAGUAAUGAAAGUAGGGAUUUUGGUGUUCGAGUUGAUCUCAGAGGCUCUAGGACUGAAUCCGAAUCACUUGCAUGACAUAGAUUGCACGGAGGGGUUAGUUCUUUUAUGCCAUUACUAUCCACCAUGCCCGCAACCAGAACUAACUAUGGGGGUAACUAAGCACGCUGAUAUUGACUUCCUCACUGUUUUGCUUCAAGAUGACAUUGGUGGUCUGCAAGUUUUGAAUAACAAUGAGUGGGUUGAUGUUUCUCCUCAUCCUGGAGCUCUAGUGGUAAACAUUGGAGAUCUUCUUCAGCUUAUAACAAACGAUAGAUUCAAAAGUGUUGAGCACAGAGUUUUGGCCAGUCAUGUGGGUCCUAGAGUAUCUAUUGCAGGCUUUUUCUGCACAGGUGUAUUGUCAACUUCGAAACUGUACGGACCUAUCAGUGAGUUGUUAUCAAAAAAUAAUCCCCCAAAGUAUAGAGAGACCACAGUAAAGGACUAUAUAGCUCAUUCCGGCAAGAAAGGCCUUGAUGGAACUAAACCAUCAGAUCAUUUCAAGCUUGCCAAAGCAGAAUAAUGAUGAAGAUGGUGACUUAGUAUUACAAAUGCUUGUAAACUAAAUAAAUUUCAAUGGAUCUUUAAAUUUUUAUUGUGAGUUGAGUUGGUAUGUGAUGCAUGAAAAAUCUGAGAAAAAGAGCUCUAUAAAGUGACUAGAAGAGAAGCUUUCAGUUGAAUUUGUACCAAAUAUACAGAUUUUAAAGAAUAUUUGUGUUUUAAUUA